UUAAGGGGCUCCCCCCCCCCUUCGCUCCUGCGGCCCGGAUCUCCGGCAGCGAAAGAGACUGUCAGUAUGGCCGCAACACUGGGCAGUACGGAAGAUGGGGUGUCAGAAUGACGCACUGCACGUGGCUACCGAGGUGACACUGCGAACACAUGAAUGGCAGGAGAAGACUGUUAACUGCCUCUGUAAUUUCUGUCCAGAACUCCAGCUUUGUGUAUCCUUCUUGUCAAAACUGCUUUUCUAAGCUGAUAGUAGAUUCUAAUAGGUUUAACUGUCUAAAAUGUGGCUGCACGGGUGAAGCUAAGGAUGCAAACUACAGGUAUAAGCUGUCCCUAAAAGUUGCUGGCACUAGUGAUUUAUUUGACAUUACCGUGUUUGGAAGCUCUUUAGAGCCAUUCUUUGGGGUCACAGCAGGAAGUCUGCAGAGGUAUAUUAAAGAUUUUAACCAAGUAUCAGGAGAGCUGGACAGAGAUGCAUCUCCACGUGUGUUAAUUCAAGCAGUCAAAACUUGUUUCAUUGGGAGAAGAUUUAUAUUUGGAGUGAAGAGUUCUGAAAACCAUGAUGGAGGGCACUCUGUUUCUGACAGCAUUUUGCCAAACUGCUCCAGAAUUAAUAGACUUACAAGAGAUCUUACAGCCUGCCAGAUCUUCCUGCCAAACACUGCUGUUGCCGGCUUUACUGUUAUCAGCUACUUCCAUCGGCUCCUGCAAUUUGCUAAUUUCAGGAGCAGUCGCAGUAGCUCACAGCGACCCGAUUGUCCUUUCAUUGCAAUAGAUCAGCCUAGCAGUGAGCUCAGCAGCUUGUGUAGCUCUGGCAGCAACUCAUGUUUUGUUCAGUCAAGUGGCCGAGAGAGUUUUUCAGGACCCUGGCAGCAGUCCUUUGGCCUGACUUCUUCAUCUAUUGAUUGGGUAACAACAGAAGAUUUUUCAUCUUUAGAACUGGGCAAGGCUGCUGGUGAACAGUGUAAACUACAGGAGAGGGGUUUCUCUGCAGAACUAUGCAGCUUAAGUCCCAGCAACCAAACCAUUCAAGAUUUGCAGCUCUGUAACUCUAUGAAUGAGAGAAAUGAACAGGAAGAUAAUGAAUUUAGUUCACUAUCCAGUAGGUCAAACACAAUCACUGUGACUGAAAAACUAGAGAGCUUCUCUUCUUUAAAGAGAGAAUGGUCACCUGACAGGAACAGCUCCAGGUUGUUACAAAGCCCAUUGGAUUUGGGGGUAAAAUACUCCUGCCUAGAGAUUAUCAGCAGACAUGAUUACUUUCAAGAAAAAUCUUGGAACUCCUUGCUUUGCCAGAGAAAAGAUGAUUCAUUUUGCUCCUCAGCAGUGUCUCCUAAUCAUGGAAGUGCAGCUGGAACAUCUCAGGAUGACCCUAUGAUUUGGGACGAGCUGCCGUUCUCUGAAAGUCUAAAUGAUUUCAUAGCCAGAAUUGAAAACAACAAGAGCACCAUAUCCCCAGUAGGUCUCAAUGCUCAUAAAUGUUCCCUUCGUGAAAGAAGUGAGUUGGAUGAAAAUCAUAGCAAAACAUCUUGUAGGCAAGGCAUUGUACAUACUGCCUGCAAAUCAACCACCACAACAGGGAGGUCCCCACAACUAGCAGAGAAUGUGAAUACUUGCAAAGAGCAUAUUCUCUCCUGCCAUCAAUCAAACCUCACUCCCAUAAAUGGCCAAGUAUCACAAUGUGAGCCUUUGUACAGCAUUUUAUCUACAAGUACUAAGGGAGGCAGAGAGUCUGACUUUAUACCUGACCCACCUCUGCUAGCGGGCAGUUUUCUACAAUCUGAGAAAGCAAAUGUUAAUAUUUCAAACAAUGCCCAUUCUUUCACCAGCCUUCAAUGUACUAUGAAAGAUGCAGAAAUCUCGUAUUUACAAAAGAGAGAGAAACCUGCCCGUUUACAUUCUCUGUAUGAUGGCUGUGUAGCCGAUUGGGAAAAUAAAGAAAAUUGUAGUUAUUCACCAAACCUAAGAACAGAUCUUACAAGCUCUCAGGAACUGGGCUGUGAUUCAGCAGCUCCCUACAAAGCUAAAAAUAUGUGUAAGAGAGAAUUAGAACCAUUAACUGAAUUGCAAGAAAAUACUGUUAGAGCUAUAAACCAGAAUGACGUGCUACAGAACAACUCCAAUCACUCCAAAAGCAGCUACAAUGCUUCUGCUGACCUCUUUGAUGCUAGUGCCAGAGAGAUAGAAAUCAUGGUCGAAUUUUCAAAUAAGUCUCACAACUCUUCAGCACAGGAAGAUGUUUUGGCUGAAAAGUACACAGCAUCUGAAUUAGUGUGUAGUCCAUUAGAUGUUGGCUGCAGCUCUUCUGAGUGCAGAUCCUCACUUAGUUUACCACCUCCUUUUGGUAAACACAGUACACCCAUAAGUUACUCACUUUAUGAUUCAGAACUUGAUCUGGUAGAUACCCAGAACUUUGUUCCUUAUUCACAGUCAACUCCUGUUGCAAGACCUCUUCAAAAAUUCAGAUCCCAGAGGGGGAGAGAAUCAGUUCUCCCUAAAUUGACAUCUAAAAGUCCUACUAAAAUCCACUGCAAAUGUAAACAGUCUAGGCCUUCUUUUAAAAAUACUUUAUUAAGACAGCUUACCAGCAAGUUCCUGAAACACAAAAGAUCAAGUAACACAGCCAUCAAUAAGUCUGUUUCACAAGAGUCGUUUAUCAACAGUGAGGUGCCAGAGAAGGAUUCUAAAGAAUGGAUCCCUCCAUCAGCAACAAAAUUGUUACAGCCAGUUGCAUUUUCUAAUUUAAAAACAGUUGGAUUGCAAGCCAGGAGCCCAGCUAUCUGCAAACCCAUUGACAAAAAAACUAUUUCUGAAAACAAAGCCAACAGUGGAAAGUCAAGAACUGAUACAUGUUUAAGAAGCAGAAAAUUAAAUCCUAUGAAUAGAGCUGAAAUUCCAACAACUCCUCUACCUGCAAAUGCUGCUACGGCCUUGCUUCUAAAAGAUGCGGUCACUGGAACUUGUGCCUGCUCAGAAACCCAGAAGAGCCAUUCAUGUGCAACUUAUUUAGUGGGUGGACUGGAUGAGGCAGUUAGCUGGUCUCCUGAACUGUUUACAGAAAAAUACUAUUUCUAAGUAUGUGGCUUUUGGAAAAAAGCCUCAUCUUGAAACAUGACUCUACCUCAUUUUGUUUAAUUUUUGGAAGAGUGCCAGCAUUACCGGAGAAAGAAAAGGGACGUUUUUUAAAAGUUUAAUUAUUCAUAUGUCUCUCAGCAUCUGUCUCGUUCAAGAUGAAUUAUGCCUAGCUGCAAAGCCUUUUGUCCUGCACCGAGGUUGGGGAACACAGAACCCUGCUGUCACAUUAUUUUAUUGUGGAUGAAAUGACUAAGCUAAAAAAAGUGAAAUAAACGUUUAACAUUAA